AUGGCGCUGCCACCGCAACAGUUUUGCGUGAGGUGGAACUCUUACCACACCAAUUUACAGGCGGUAUUCCCCCGGCUCCUCCUAACGGAGCAGUUUGCGGACGUUACAUUAGCGUGUGAGUCCAGACAGCUGCGAUGUCACAAGCUGGUCCUCUCAGCAUGCUCAGCGUACCUCGAGCGGCUGUUACUACAGAACCCGUGCGACCAUCCCAUCGUGCUGAUGCGGGAUAUGAGGUUCAGUGAAAUGCAAGCGCUAGUAGACUUCAUGUACAAGGGCGAGGUGAACGUCACGCAGGACGAGUUGCCCAGUCUACUGAAGUCCGCUGAGGCGCUACAGAUCAGAGGGCUAUGCUCAAGCGACACGUCGAGCUUGUCGUCCGAGCUGGGCACGCUGGGCGCGGACAGUGCGGCCGCCAAGGACAGAGACUACACGGUCGCCAGCGACGCACUCGUCGCCAACGCGCAGAGGGAACAUGGAACUACUAAUGGCCCGACGACCCACCUCCCGAAGCCCCCACCAAACAACACCCACACAACGAGUAAUGGCACUAAAAAGCGGAAGUCGGAGGAACGUGCGGACAUCAAGGAGGAGACCGUGGAGGAAGAUGGACUAUACUACGGGGAACUCGACAAUGAUAAUAUGGAGUUUAAUGAGGACGAUGAACCCGGCAAACCAGGCAGCAGUUUAGGACAACCGUCCGAUUUCCCGAUAGCGAACGUGCAGUGUCAGUACGACAGUCCGUCCGACACGGAGACGGAGCGGGCCGCCGUCGCCCGGCCGACGGACGACCACACGUACGACACGAGGGACGAGCCGCCCGCCUUCAUUAUUAGACAUGUUAAUAAUGCGUUACAAUUACAAACUGCGCCGAACUUCCGCGAGCCGCGGCCCAAGAUCAUGACGAUAGGACCUGGCUCGUCCGCGUCCGUCAACGUGAUACACGUCGGCGACCAAGCGCAGGGCCAAGAGAUGUCGCUACAGUGCGCCCCGCAGCCAGUGGAGCUGAGCCUGAACAAGCGCAUCCGCCGCAGCGAGGUAGUGCUGCGGCAGGCCGCGGACUGCGUCAGUCGGGGCCUCACCUUCCAGACUGUGUCGGAGCAGUUCAAUAUACCUAUAUCUACUAUACGAUUCUUCAUGGCGCGGAAAGGUAUUCUACCGCGACGCAGACGAGGACGUAGUACGCAGCCAUCUCGUCCGUGUAGCAGCCCCGAACCUCCGUUCCACAUGCAGCACUUCAAGCUGCCCGACAUGGUGGCACUACGCACUGAUGAUGAAGAGAACCCCACUCACUAG